AUAUAAAAGGAAAAAUAAUAUAAAAUUUCAAAUACCGUUCAUAGUACUUAACAUUUUAAAAAUGUAAUCUAAAUAAAAUAUCGAUUUUAUCUUAUGCUUAAAUUUCAACUAAAUUAACUUUGUUACGAUUAUCAGCUUUUUAUUCUACUUUUAUUAAAUCGAUUAGUCACAAUCACUUAUGCUCACUUUGAACUAGACAACUUCAAAAUAAAGUAAUAUCCUAUAUAGUCGCUACCCACAAUCAAAUGGGUCGAAAAAAUAUCAUUCUUUUUGAACAUAUUUUAUUUUUAUGUUUUUGAAUAUAUUCUAUUUACUGAGACCAUAAAAUAAAUUGUAAAUUAAUGUAAGAAUAAAACAUACGAACCCGGCGCGUAGCGCCGGAAUACCACUAGUAUUAUUAUAAAACUGACUCCGCCCAUGCUCGCGGGUUAUCAUCUAGUGCAAUACUUAAACAAAUCAUCUUUAGUUACCACAGUUUCAAUCUCAGUUCGUUCGUGUUAAAUCGUGUGGUUCUCCAAAUAAAAACUUACUAAAUUGUUAUGUUUUUGAAUUCAUUUGAUUUGUCUGUCAUAUUUUGGUAACUAAAAUGAUUUAUUCAACCUAAUAUUGCAUUAACCAUAUCAUCAAGUUUAGAGUUGCUUGUUGGAGUUGGCUGGUUUUAAAGUAUGAUAUGGUAAAGGUGACACUACAAAAAAUUGUAUUAUCACUUAAAUAGCAUCAAAAAAUAAUGAUAUUAGUUUAAAUUGCUAAUAUUCCACCUUCUGAAGAGAAACGAUACUGGCAAAGAUACAUCUAUCUCUGGUGAGUUUAUUCUUUUUCAGUUUGGCUUUUACUGAUUUUGGCAAUAAUGCAGAAACGAUUUAGAUAGAAUUGGAAUGUUGCCUUCUUAUGUGAAAUCAUGCUUUGGAUAAGUAGGUUAGGUUUAGUUUCUUUAACUGAGUUGUUAAGAGUUUGAUCAUGGUUUGCAUAAGUAGUUUCUUUAACAGUUAAAGUUAUUGUUGUUUGUCUUUUAGCAUAUUUGGUUCUGCGAUUUUGACAAUAAUGCAGAAUCGUUUUAGAAUGGUGAAUGGGGUUCAUGGUUUGCGUACGAUGUUUGGGUAUGGGUUUGGUUGUCUUGAGCAGAUUGAGCUUUAAGCACAUUCAGGUCACAAAUUGAUAUAUUGAAACAGAUUGUUGCAUUCUGUGGAAAGCUAUUUUUGUUUGUUUGUCUUUUAUUAGUAUAUUUGGUUCUGCGAUUUACUGAAACACUGACACUCUAAUGUAACUAAUUGGUGUAGGAUUAACUAUGCAUUGUAUGAAAAGAUUGAAACUGAAGAUGUGGAGCGUACACGAGAUGUAUACAGGUAAGCUAAAGCCUACCUACUUUGAAACUUGUGAAGUUACAUUUGUUUGCGUUUCACUCUGGCAGUUUAGUCUGACUGUCUGUAUUCGUCUUACCAAACAUAUACAGAGAAUGCCUGAGGCUUAUUCCCCACUCCAAAUUUUACUUUGCCAAAAUAUGGUUGCUUGCUGCUCAGUUUGAAAUCCGGCAACUGAAUCUCGGCAACUGAAUCUCGCCGGUGCUAGGCAGAUAUUAGGAAAUGCGAUAGGAAAAGCUCCAAAAGAUAAGAUAUUUAAGAAAUACAUCGAGAUUGAACUCCAGAUGGGGAACAUAGAUAGGUGUAGAAAGCUUUAUGAGCGUUACCUUGAGUGGUCUCCAGAGAAUUGCUAUGCUUGGAGCAAAUAUGCUGAGCUAGAGAGGUCUCUCGCUGAGACUGAACGAGCUAGAGCUAUCUUUGAGCUUGCUAUAUCUCAGCCAGCUCUUGACAUGCCCGAACUGCUAUGGAAGGCAUACAUAGAUUUUGAGAUAGCAGAAGGAGAAUUAGAGAGGACAUGGGCUUCAUAUGAGCGACUCUUGGAUCGCACAAAGCAUUACAAGGUGUGGGUUAGUUUUGCAAAGUUUGAAGCUUCUGCUGCAGAACAAGAAGAAGACGAGAAAGAGGAAGAAGAAAUAGAUGCUAUUGAACGCAAGAAAGAGUGCAUCAGACGUACCAGAGGGAACUUUGAACUACAUGUUGUUACAUGAGUUUUGAUGAUUACUUACUUCCACUUGAAGCUGCUUACAAGUGGAAGAAGCAGAAUCUUGCUGGUUCUGAGGAGGAUUACGACUAACUAAAGGGUCUUUGAGUUAUAUCAAAACUGUGAGUUGAUGUUUUGUAUUCUUUCUUAGUUCUAUGUACAUCAACACCAUCCUUUAUGAUUUAGCAGUUAGCUUUUUAUUUUGUUAGCAACAAAACAACCCCAUCUGUUAUUGUUUUUGUUCUUCUGGGUAUUAGACAUUUCGGCGUUUUCCGGUUUAGAAAAUGUGGACAAUCCGGAGUCUAAAUUCCGGUUAUUAUUUCUAACUUUUUCUAGAAGAUAGCUUGAGCUGGGAUGAGUGGAUACUGAACCAAUGACGUCCCUUUGGCCAAAAUAUACGAAAAUGGGGCCUAAUUAGUUGUUUUCAUCCUAAUCCCUUUUGAUAACUGCUAAUUAGUUGGAAAGCUUUCCUCUGGUAAAAAGGAUUUGAUGAAGACAACUGGUUUCAAAAUUUUGUUAACCGUACUUUUAUUCUAAAGGAUCAUGACGUUUUGUGAGUUUGUUACUUGUUGAAGAUUGUGUUACUUGUUUCUCUGUGUUUUCUUUUUUCUUUCCCUGACUAGAGUUUCUUUUAGCUUUUGCUGCUGCUCUUUCUGUGUUUUAUCUCUUACAAUUUCUAACCUCAGUUACAAAAAUGUUAAUGUUGCAUCCUUAUUAUUUUGCCACUUCUAGCUAAUUAAUUUGAAAAAUUUCUUGUGGUACAAGGAAUUGAUCAAGAUUCCACUUUGUUCUCAAAGCAUUGAUAUUAAAGGAUCAUGUUGUUUCUUUAAAAAGAAUUGCUACUACGUUGCUUUACUCUGUUACUAUGUUUGUUUGUAUGUAAUAACUUGAAUUUUGUUUUAUUUUGUAUUUUCUCGGAGUUUCUUUUACCGGUUUCUCGCUUCUCUUUCUGUGAUUAAACUCCUGUAUUUUAAAUUAAAAGAAGAAACAUGUCGCACAUGGAGGACGCCAAAGUACUCUGCUUACAGUGCUCAUUGGUUUAAACUCACUAACAGUUUCUUCUUCUUUCUGAAUUAAAUUCUCAUACUUCAUCCCAACAAACACUGUGCUACGGACACAUUUUAUUAGUCAAGGACAACAUCUUAAUAUCUAAGAGCCAACAAAAAGUACCAAAAUAGAAAAUUUGUGAGUGUUUUGUUUCAUCAUCAAAAGGAAAACACAUCUCACUUUCCAAAGCAGCAACACUUAAUUCCUAAAUUGUUUUUCAACAACAAAAAAAAAAAGAUACAUUGAAAAAGCUCUCUAUU